UAUUACGAAAAUACAAAAAUCAGAAUUUCUAGUGUUUUAUUACAACAAAUAAAAACACAAAUAAAAUAAAAAUACAACACAGCAAAAAAAUAAAAACACAAGAAAACACAAGUAAACUUAAAAAUACAUUAAUGUCUUCCAAACGUUUUAACGAUUUUCUUCGCCGUGCGCAGGGUGCAAUCUCCAACUUUAGAAAUGGGUUUUUUAUUGGCAGAAAUGGAGAAGUGAUUUAUUCAAAAAAUAAUAUUUGUUUGCAUGAGGAUGCAGAAAAUAUUGCAGAUUUGUGUUUUUAA